GGAGUUCGUUGAGCAAAUACAGAAAACCGAGAACGUUCUCUGGUUUUUCUCAGCAGGAGUUUAAGCGAGGAAGAAGGAAAGAAAGAGGGAGGUCAAAAUGCCUGCUAAGUUGCUCAAGAGUUUCGCCAGUGAAAACCCAGAUUUAGAGAAGCAAAUUGGCUGCGUUGCCGGGAUUUUUCAGAUGUUUGACCGCCACAUCUUCUUCGCGAGGCAGCGCCCCAAUCGCCACAAGCAUAAGAAGUAUCCUCCAGAUCAUGCUCUUCGGGACAGCAGCAGGCAUGAGUCAGAGUCAAUCCCAUACAUGUCAGAGAUUCUUCAGGAGAAAAACCUGACCAAGUAUUGGUACGAAAAUGAGAAAGCUUCGAUGGAAUCUUCAAGAGCUUCUUGCUCCUCUGCAUCCAGCUCUUCCUUCUCUUCUCUGGAAUUCGACAAGUUAUCUCACAGAGAUAUGUGUUCCUUUGAUAAAACAUUCUUUUCUGAGAGGACUCUGAGAAACUCAUCCAGUUUCAGGAGUUCAGAAGUCGACUGCAAAUUUGACUCCAGAAUUAGCGGUCCGUCCGCUAAGUCUUGCCGGCGAUCUUCUGACCUCCUCGAUACUCUUCGAGAGGCUGAGGUCUUCACUGUCAGAACUUCCACCACUGACAAGGUGAAAAACCAGGCUUACAAGCACCAAGACUCCCCCAGGCCUUCUUGGCACACGGCGACCAAUAAGCCAACCAAUCUCGAUGAAGCAAUUAGACUAUUGAUCGAAUUCAAGAAGGCGCCUUGGAGCUCUGCUGAUCGUGAAGCAACAGAUGCCUCGAUCACUCAAGUGUUGCAGGACGAGAGGGGGCUCUCUAAGUCUACUGAGAAAAUGAGAGAGCUUCCAAGACUGUCACUCGACAGCAGGCAAGCUUCUCAAAGGAGCACUUCGAGCAUUGUUUCCAAAACAAGUUUAACUUUCGAGGACUUGGACAAAGCAAACAAAAGUCCACGCAUCAAUAGAGCUGCCAAUCUGCUUCAGAAUCUUAGUAGCAGCCAAAAGAGACAUCCUGGUGUCGUCGCGAAGCUGAUGGGCAUAGAAGACAUGCCUGAAUUGAACUCACCAGCUCAAGUAGCAGUCAUGAGAAGAACAAUGAAAGAAAAAAAUGAUCUUGUUCCUCAAUCCAAUCGAAGCAGAGAGUCGAUCGUGUCGAAGCCACCAGAAGACCAUCAUCAUUCAUUGCUGAAACAAUCCGCAAGGGUCCUAAAUGAAGCAGCUCCUUGGGUCUUGCAUGAGCAAAUGCCAACAAGUAAGGAUCUCAAGGCAUUCAGGCAUAUGGUGGAUGCUAUUCGUGCCCAGAGGCUGGCGAAGAACACAAUUCCCAAAGGAAACAAUCAGAACGUAAGGUCACUAAAGGUCAGAAAACAGCCAACUAAAGCAGGUGAUACACCUAAAUCUUUCGAGCCUCCAAUUGUAAUUAUGAAGCCUGCAAAGGCUAUCAACAGGGCAGAUGCUUCAAGUGACUCAGUAAUGCGACUGGAAGGCCUAUCAACUCUUCCUAAACUCCACACCAGUACACGAAGAAAAGGUUAUGCAAGCAUCACAGCUGACAGAGAACUGAGUCCUAGAGUUACAGACAACCAAUUCAGUAGGAAGCCUACCACAAGUAAUAAUUCACCCAGAUGUCAAUCCAAUUCAACGCAGCUUCAGGGAGAAAAUCUUGGGGCAUCACCUAGAACUUCAAGCGCUCGGAGCCCCAGGUCUCCACAAAGGAAAAUUGAAGCAGAGAAGAAGCCAUGUUCACCGACCAGUAGGAAACCAGUUGAAUCAGUUUCUCCAAGAGGCAGACUUAGGCCGAAGCAAUCACAAGAACGAAAGAACAGAGACCAGGUUGAUGAAAUUAUAUCUGAGAGAAGGAUUGCUAGUUGCCGGGCUGAUGAAACUUCACUAGAUUUGAACAGAAGCAGCGUGUCAGCACUACAUUUGACUCUUCUGCAGAAGAACAUCCUGCCCCUAUGCUUAAAUAAGAAGCAAUCCGUAGUAUGCAUGCAUCAAGAUGCAUCAGAAAGGGAGCUUGCAAGUAUAGCCCCUAAACAACCCAGUCCUGUGUCGGUCCUUGAUGCUUCAUUCUGCCAGGAUGAGUUUCUACCUUCCCCUCUGAGGAAAAGCUCUUACACAGUCCAAGAUAAUGGACCGUGCGCAUCAAGCCUUCUCACCUACCCAAGUGAGAAUAAACUCGGAGAUACUGAGAAACUUGCACAACUCAAAGUGCUUAGCUCAAAUGAGCACGAGGAACAGCAAGCGUGUGACUUCAUUAACACAAAGUGUAACUUGCAAAACCCAGAUAACAAGUACAUUUCAGACAUACUUCUUGCAGCAGGGUUUUUAAAAAGGGAAAUCGCGAUUCCAUCUCAGAAACAUAUAAAUCCUGAUAUAUUUCGUGUUGUGGAGAAACAGCAUGGGCACCAGAAUCCGGAUGCAGAAAGGAUUCACAGGAAGCUUGUUUUUGACGUGGUGCGUGAGAUUCUAGCUCACAAGAGGGGAGGGCUCGCCUGCAGGAAUCCUAGUGAGUUUUUACUGCGGGGAAGGAGAACGCUAAGUGGGCAGCAAUUGCUGGGAGAAAUAUGCUCCGAGAUCAAAGAACUUGAAGAAGCUGGGAACUCGAGGUCUACCACCUUCGAGGACGGUGUGGAACUCAUAUCAAACGAGGACAUUCUUGGUCGAUCUGAAGGGUGGGAAGACUCUGGCAUGGAGAAAAUAAGGGUGGGAAUGCAGAUCGAAAGGUUGAUACUUCAAGAUUUGAUCAAUGAAAUUGUAGGUGAAGCUGGUUUACAAACCCAGCGAACUAAUAUAUGCAGCUAGUCUGUCAGCAUUAUACAUGUAUUAAGCUUUACUAAUGGGAUUACUGUCUUCUUCAAUUCUAUUAGUUUCCCUUUUUUUUUCAAUAAAAUUUAUUAAUUUGACUUGUAAGAAAACAAUGGUGUGCCUUAAACUGAAAUGAUGUUCCAGUUCUCAAA